GCGGCCUUCAAGGCGCAACCUUGAGAUCUGCGCAACUAAAUGUCUUACUCCGAAGCAGAUGCGAUCCGGAAAUUACAAGAACUCGAUAACUCUCAAAUUUCAGUGGAAAGUACAUCUCAGUGGUUUCUAAGUAAUAAACAAAUGGCCAAAGAUUUGGUCAAGCUUUGGUUUAAAGAAUUUCGCAAAACUUCUCCUAAGAAAAAAAUUGCUUUCCUUCAUCUUGCUAAUGAUGUCAUACAAAGGGGUAUAACUACAGCUCCUCAGUUCAAGAAGUUGUUCGAGCCAGUUUUGCCUACGGCUUUUAAAGAAACAUCUAAAGUUCAACGUCAUUCAGUGCGUUCAUCUGUUGCUCAUCUUCUAAUUGUAUGGGCUACUCGCCGAGUGUAUUCUAAAAGUUUUCUCAGACAAUUACGUUUUAUAUGCCAGCGAGCGGUUGCCGAAGCAGAUACACCAGAUGCUAGUGAAGAAAUUAAACGUAAUAUCAUCGCUGCAUCACCAUUCGCUUUCUCAUUCACAGCAGUUCUGACAAAUCCAUUAGGAUUAUCAGGGAAUAAAGAGUCAUCUGUUGCUAAUAAUAAUAAUACUCUCCUUCAUACACCUAAAUCAAACCAUAACAAAGCAAAUCGUAAACGUCAUCGUUCUUCAACAACAAAAGAUAUUUCAAUGGCUCCAAUGUGUUUUGAUCCGGAAACUUAUGAAAAUAGUAAUAUGUCGCAUAAUGCAAUUUCAGCAUUCCGUGAAGAAUUAGAUCUUGAAUUACAAACUGAAGCUACUGAACCUCCAAAGAUUAGUGAACUUAUUCAACUUUUAGAAACUCUUCAAUCAUCUGCCUCUGCUGAUGCUGCUACACGCCGUGAAAUAGCACAAUUCCCACCGGAAGUUUCUGAUCCUAAUAAAGCAAUGGAAAUUAUGAAGUCAUAUAUUUUACUUAAUAUUCAUCAUUAUAGUAUAAGCCAUUGA